AUGUGGUCGUCAUCCAUCCCAACUGUGCUAACCCUGCUACUGGCCGUAUCCGGCUCAGUAGCUAACAAAGAUAAGGAGCACAGAAAGAGUUGUGUGGUCAAAAGCGGCGGCAGCAAUGCUACUGACGAUGCGCCGGCAAUUCUGAAGGCGUUCAAGAAGUGUGGUCAUAAGGGGAGGGUCGUUUUUGAGCCGACCAAUUACUACGUCAACUCGGUCAUGAACAUUGACUGGCUCAAGGAUGUUGACGUUGAUAUCUACGGCACUCUUCUGUGGAGUACUGAUAUCCAAUACUGGCUCAAAAACUCGAUGGAUGUCGGGUACCAGAACCAGUCUACCGCAUUGAUAAUUGGCGGUGAUAAUGUUCGCAUCAAUGGCCAUGGGACAGGAACGUUUGAUGGUAAUGGCGAUUACUGGUACCAAUGGAUCAGACAGCAGCCGAACACUUCCAACUAUCCCGGCCGGCCACAUGCUGUGACCUUCGGUAACCUCACCAACUCGGUCGUUAAAGGUCUCACAUUCCUAAGGAGCCAGAUGUGGACUAUGUCUAUCAUCUACUCCCACAAUGUCCUGCUUGACAGCAUUCUUGUUAACAACACUGGAAACUGGGCACAGAGCUCCAACACCGACGGAGCGGAUACCAUCCGGUCGUCUCACAUUACGUUUAACAACUGGACCGUUUACAACGGAGACGACAGUUUGUCGAUGAAGGCCAACAGCACCGAUAUCACCAUCAAGAACUGCAAGUUCCACAACGGCUUGGGCAUCGCGAUGGGAAGCAUUGGGCAGUACAAUGGCCAAUAUGAGACCAUUGAGAGAGUUACGGCCGAGAACAUCGAAUACGUCAACACACUUCAUGCUUUCUAUAUCAAGACCUGGACAGCCGACCAGAACGGCUACCCACCUAAUGGAGGCGGCGGUGGUCUCGGGUUCGCAUCCGGCAUGACGCUUAAAAACCUGACCACAACCGGCCUCCGGGGUGCCGCCUUUGCCAUCUCGCAGUGUACUCGAUUUUCCGGUGCUCCGGGUGUGGGCAACUGCACCAACUCUGAGUUCCAGAUCCGAAACGUGGAGAUCGACGGCCUCUACGGCGAUAGCAAGUCAGCGAGGGUGGCGAGUCUGCAAUGCAGCGCCGUGGCGCCCUGCACAAAUAUCACUAUGGUCAAUGUUGGGUUGCACCUUACCAGCGGCGCUCCUGCUGCGGAGUACCUGUGCGGCAAUGUUGCGAACCCGAGCGGAUUUAAUUGCACUGGCACACCUUGCGUUGGGGGAAGCGCUACGGGGGAGUCAGAGCUCGGCAAAGAGACUGCUGCCUCCGGAUUCGUGCAUCUCGUCAACCUCUUUCGUCCCUUUGACGAAUUAUUUCUGGGCCUAUGGAAUGGUACACUUUCUGCGUGUUCCGUUGACUGGCUCGUGAGCCUUGAUGAGCACGUGAGAAACUCUGCCUCGGCGUCUCUUGAUAUCACGGAUAUCCAGAUGGUGAACCUGCUUGUUACUCAGCAAUGGCUGCGGCUAAUUGUGUGGCAACUCUCCAACAAACUUGGAUUUCUGUCCAGUGUAUCGAGUCACGAAUCAUUAAAUUUCCAGUACCCGAUCCAAAUCGCACGAGAUCUCACGAUUUCGACUUGCAGACUACCGCAACAGAGCAUGGAGAUUCACGGGAUCGGCCUGGUAGAAAAGCUAUUCGAUGUAGCCUAUGUCCUUAUCGACGUAAUUGCUUAUACACCUCCUUCUGCGCCAGAGCCUCCAAUAUCCGACCUCGGGCCUAAAGACUAUUUGACAUAUAUUUUGUCCUUGGUAGCCAAGUUGCGCGGUGGAGAAGAUAGGUUUCUGCCUCUCCUCCAAGAAAAGAUUUCCCAAGUUCUGCCGAACUUUCUGAAUCCCUUAACGUGGUCCUUGCCUUUGGCAUCUUUCUUGGAGAAUCCAGCUUCGCCGUCCGAAAAAUUCAGCCCUGGCGAAGGUGAAGGGUGGACCGGUCACGAUAUGGAAGACCAUUCAUUCCGUCAGCCUUCCAUGAGCUAA